UGCACAUCUGAUUAAAGUAUAACACUUUGAUGUAUUAUUUUAGAUUCUAUCAUCACUGUAAUCAAUACAUUAUUUACACUUACUGAGCUUCUCCAGCGAGCAGUUACCGACAGCAAUAAUACAACAAUUUUAAGAAGCUUUACAGACAAAUAAUCUUCCUCGUUUUGAAUGCUCUUCGUUAAGUUACAUCGGUUUCUCACAAGACUACACCGGAUGUAAUUUUGCACGUACAAUUACACGCUGGAAACGCUCCAUUGUGAAAUGGAAACAAUGUUAGACAACCGUCGCUCAUUACACGCAGCCGAAGCAAAAACGAAAUUGUAACGCGCGAUGAACUCAACAGGGAAGAAACGUUUUUGUCAAGUUCUUUCCCGCUCGUGAAGCUUUUCGUUGGCAACUUAAGAGCUCGCGUGCAGCUAACUAGAAGCCGCGAAGCUGAGUGGCGGUACAUUAAUUGUACCUCGUCAAAUAUAGUAUUAUUCAUGAAUAUCGAGACAUGCUAUUGUUAGAAACGUUAAUUAUUCCUUCGCUAUUGGGCUCAUUUUAAAUUAAAUAAUUAAUAAUUUUGAUAACCGCCAUAACGCGUAAGCUGUAUUCGUUUUUAGCCUAUUUGUAGAACCCGUUGCGAUGCGAUGCUCCUUUUUGUAACAGUUUAAACGGUGAAAAAUAAGAGUGAAAUCCCACCCUGAAAGUUGACCAAAGAGGUCUGACGUCACGUUCCCACAAUGCACGCGCCCAUCAGCUCCAGCGCCGCCGCUGUGUUUAGAGGGAAAGAAACAGCAGGCCCGAAAAAUACACACAUUAUUGAACAAAAAAAAUAAAUUGUCCGCCGCGAGUGGUUUUUUGACAAUUCGUCGCCGCGUGGCCGGGAGACGAAUCUUCUGCCUGCACCCUCGCGAGAUGUAGAAUGGAGGAAUGCGUGUGAACUGCAAGUUUGGCGGAGAUCAAAAGUUUCUGAAGGGAGGGAGUAAUAGUGGACGUGCAUUUUCCGGAGGUCUGUCAAGAUAAUGAAUGUGCUUUUGUGAGACUUGAAACAGAAGACUGAACAUGCAAAAAAAACAAUCUUCACUCUCAAGAAAAUUCACCUGUUGGAGCUUCUUCUCAGAUGUACAGUGACAUAGUCCCUGAGAACUACGCAUAUAUGUGAGAAAAUGUUUCAUGGCAAAGACCACCUAAACAGCCACCUGCAAAACCACGACCCCAACAAGCAGGAGCUGCGGUGCGAGGAAUGCGGAAAGCAUUACAACACUCGCCUGGGUCUUAGACGCCACGUGGCCACGCAUGCCACCUCCGCCAGCGGUGACCUCACCUGUAAGGUCUGUCGGCAGGCGUUUGAGAGCAUGCCGGCGCUCCUCGAACACCUGAGCACGCACACCGGCCGACCACCUCCAGGGACUGUGGUACGAGAAAGAAAGCAUCAGUGUGAACGAUGCGGCCGGCGCUUCUUCACUCGCAAGGAUGUGAGGCGCCACGCGGUGGUGCACACCGGCAGGCGGGAUUUCCUGUGCCCGCGCUGCGCCCAGCGCUUCGGCCGUCGUGACCACCUCACCAGACACCUGAAGAAGAGCCACGCGCAAGAUCUGGAGAGCCUUCCUCCGGUGUCCAUCAAAGAGGAGCCCAGUCCGACCGUGUGCUCUGUUGCAUCUCCAAAAGAUGCCACGGAGGCGUUUUCCAUGGCCAUGUUCAACCCUCAAGGCCUUCCGAGCACAUCUACCUCAGGGGUCAAUCACCACCAUCACACAAUGGUGUCCGGCCCCCUUUCCAGCCCGAUGGGUGUGGGCUGCUACCUUGAGCCAAACAAGCCUCCUCCGCAGCAGUACCAGCAGGCCUCCAGAUAUCAGCCGAGUUCCACUACCUCAUAUCUGAAAGCGGAGAUGGAGAACUUCCUGACUGAACUCCAGUGUGGGCCCAUGCCGCCACAGGCCGCCGUAGCGACUGCCGUCUCCCGGCCCGGCGACCUUCUCCCUGAGAGUCUGGCAGGUCAGAGUGCCCAUUUCACCCUCAGGAACUCGGCGUUCACCUCAGCUGAGCCGCCUACCACCUCUCCCAACAUGGACCUCUCACACCUGUUGGGCUUCCUGCCGUUUGGCCUGCCUCCCUACAGCACUCCCUUGGGAUACUCGACCACCACCAACGCCGUGUCCCCAAGCCCUACCUCUCAGCUCUCUGGGCCCCUUACCUCAUUUCAGCCACAGUCACUGCAUGAGUCUCAGGCUUCAGGGCACUUAAACCAGCUCUCUGGUUUCUCUCCAACUCUACCUCGAUUCCAUCAGGCCUUCCAGCAAUGAUGUCGCCCGUGUCCACUAUGACCUGCCAGUCAAACGCGACAGCUCUGUCGCGUCACUGCCAAGUAGCUUAUAGGUAAUUAACUGGAGAGGGUGAAGUUUGUUGGGUGUGAGGUCUUCAUAUAGACCCUGUAGAAUUAGAUGAAAGGAUCGCUAGGAUAGAUGGAGUUUUGCUUUUAGUUUUGAUUAGUUUUAACUUUGUGGUUUUUCCUAGAGGUCUUCAGAGUAACUGUUUUGUAGUGAUAAAUGAACUUAUAAAAUUCAUUUAAAAAAAAAAAAACAAAAAAAAAAAACUGAAAGUGAAAAGUUAGCUAAAGAAAUACCUCAAUAUUUUUGUCAAGAAGGAAAAUAAUGCUAUUACAGUGUUCUCCGUUGUAUAAUGAAGCACUUUUUAUCAACGGCACUUCUAAGACUAAAGGUGCGGUCACAUGUAUUGUUCUGCAAAUUUUCAUUUGGAUCAAUAGGAAUCUACAUGGGUACUUUUGCGUGUGGGUGAAAGACUUCCCUGCGCAAAUUUCACAACCAGGUAAUGUAAAUUUAACGCAUUGACCAACAACUUUUGUGUGCGCUGUGCUUCAUACAUCUACACUAUUGACCUUUUUUUGUCCAUGAAAAUUUGCUAGUGUGACCGCACCAUAAAAGUCAAGUUGAACUGUGUUCUUAGAUGUACCUCUCAGCUCACGGUCACACAACACAAAAAAAAACCUACCUCUCUAAGCUGAACUCUUGUCACGAAAAGGAUUCAACCAUUUGACAAGAAAUGAAGCAAAUCCUCACGCGAAUUGCGUGAAGAACGUUAUCUCAAUUGAUUUUCUUUUUUCUUUUUGAAUGCUCAGUGGUUUUAGUUCUGAAAUAUUUAGAGUCAGGUGAUUAAUUAGCAUUUAAUUAAUUAGCUUGUGUUGAUUUUAGCCUUUAGGUAAACGUUCUUAGGCACUGUUGUGUUCAUAUCAUUAAUGCUAAUGAAAGGAAUCACAGUUAUUGUGGAGACUCAUCUCCUGUAAAUCCCCAUCUCUCUGUUCAUUCCAGAGUGUAUCGUGAAAAAUGCGGAAUAAAGCAUUGAUCCUUCUGGAAUUUAAGAUAAAUGAAAAUUGAAAUUUGUUUAAAAUUAAGUAUCCGUUCUGACAAAUUCCUAAUAUGGGAACUAAGUAAAAUAUAACUUUUUUUUUUUCUUUUUUAGUAAUAAACAAAAAUUGAUCAUAUGUUAAACUGCGAAUAAACUACGAUACGUAGUUCUCACUACAAAAUUCAGAUGUUUUAGACAAAAUUAAACUUAGCACAUACCCAGUUAUUGCUGAAAAGCACUUCAUGUAUCUCUCCUUGCUAAACCAGGAGCACUGUCAGAAAAAAAAAAUGUUUUGUCAUGUAAAUUUGAAUGGUAUUUUAGCACUGCUUCGCUGUCCAUUCUUUUGACUCAGUGUUACAUGCACCAGUGGCCUACAAGGCAACUGUGAUGGCAUUUGUUGUCAACUCCAUUUUGUUUAGGCCAGCUGAAGGUUUGAAAUCAUUUCAUGAUUUUUUUUCUUUUAUUUAGAAGCCAUCAUGGGCAUUUCCUUCAUCAGCUAAACUGAAAUGAAAUUGACCUCAACUCAACUGUGAUAUUUAGACUCAGACUGAUCUACCUCAGUGAGAUGCACGCUGUGCACAGCUGUACUGUACCUUUAGUGAGAAAUGUAAAGUUUCAAUGGCUGUUUAGCUGGAGUAAACAGGUGUUUUACAUCUUUAAAAUUCCAAGCAUUGGCGUUUUUGGGUUCCAAGGACUGUUUGUUUUCAUGAACAUUUUGAAAGCAAAAGUGGACGAAUGAGAGAUUAAGGUGUAUGCGGAAAGAAACAAUGUUAAGGAUGAAUUAAGAAAUAAAGCAUCUUGUAGAAUUUGA